AGUAAUAUCGUGACAAUAUUUUUAACAAAAAAUACGAAUCGUUAAUUUGAUCGAUAAUGGCUUUAUCAGUUGUAUUAACUAUGGUAGCGGUUCUUCUGACAUCGAGUAACUCUAGUCCCAUAGAAAACAAGACUCCUUCGGGAUAUGAAGUAAAGAAUGGUAGUCUGUGGGAUAAUUUUUGCUUCGAUAAACCGAAAGGUUACGACGAGAUCGAGAGAAUGUUCCAAGACCUCCUGCCUUCCUUUACACAAAAUAUCGACAACGUGCAUAAAAAUUGGUCCAGUGACGAUACAUUUUCACCAGAUUACUUAGAGAAUGAUAACUGUCCAUACAAAGCUACGUGGGAAUCAGUUUACUGCCACAGGGAACCUAAUCAAACGAAUCUUGAUAUUAUCGUGCAGGCUAAAGCCUUUCCUCAAAAGUUGUUGAAAGUGCAGUGCAAGCAUACUGACGGCGCACCUGGCCUCGGAGGCAAAUGCUUCACCAGCUUGGGAUUUGACAACUUCGAAAAACAAUUUCAGUGUCGCGAAACUAUUGCAACGCGAAGUCUAGUACUAUACGACCCUGAAACACAUAAACUCAAGAUGAAAGACUACUCCAUUCCAGUUUGCUGCUCAUGUCGAGCUGUAAGAUUGUAAAGAUCAAGUUUGGCAAAACAAGAAAAAGUUUCAGUAUGAUUUAGGCAAAACGACGUUACCAAUUUCAGGAAUUUAAUGUUUGUGUUAUUUUUUUUCUCAAACCUAAAAAAGCUAUAGGUACUUGUACUUUACUGAGUAGGUCGUUUCUACACGUACAUAGCUUAUAAAAGUUUUCGAAGACUGAACCAAUAUAAUAUGUAAUUGUAUAACAUGAGCGAGCAUUUUAUACAUUUCUGUUAAUCUUAAGAGAUAUAUAUAAUAUUAUUUAUUAUUUAUGACGUAAGAUAAAUUAUAAUCUUUGUAUUUUCGCUUUAAAUAAAAGAAUGUGCACAA